AUGGCGAUCUACAGCGCCGUUCCUCCUCCGCCCAAUUUACAGUCGCAAAUUACCGCGCAAGCCCAGAAUGCCUCGCAGCAACCAACCGCGGCCGCUGGCCCAAUCGAUAUCGAGGCCUGGACCAUCUCAGCACUCGAGUCCUUAAGCGUAUCUCCGAAUGCCACAGGCACGACCGGAAGGCCGCUCUCCAUCCCUCUCGACGAGCACACCGUCACCAGCGCCAAUGCCCAGUCGACCGCGCGGGUAACCAUCGCCGUCGAUGGCACCCCUGCAGCAGAUGCAAUUACCCCACCCCGCCGGCCGCCGUCCCGCCGCGACUCGCUCCGCCGACGGGAGCUCCUGCUCAAGGGGAAGGAGGGCAGCCGGCAGCGGCGGCGAUACGACAUGAAGCGCCUGACCGACGUCCCGAACGUCGAGCCGCCCGAGCCCGGCGACUGGGAGCCCCGGCCCGUCUACCCCAUCCACCACGUCCCCUACCACGUGGCGACCUUCUGGGAGCGCGGGCUCCGCCAGCAGGCCGAGGACAAGAGCGCCGCGGCGCGCAAGAAGAAGGCGGCGGCGGCGGCGGCGGCGGGCGCGGGCAGGGUGCCGCGGGAGCUGCGCGACACGGUCAAGCGCACGCCGGGCGUCAAGGGCUGGCUGCGCGCGCUCGAGGAGCCGGUGCGCCAGUUCCUUCUGGACCGGCACCAGGCCGCGGGCGAGGCCCCCGUGCGCGAGGACGAGUCGGACGUGUCGGAUGACGAGGUCGUCUUCGUCGGCCGCAAGAAGGCCGGGCCGCCUGCCGCCGCCGCCGCCGCCGCCCCGCGUGACGCCUGGAAGGGUGCCCACCGCGAGGUGCGCGAGACUCCGGUCGAUCGCGGAAUGGUUUUCGAUUCGGCCGAGGACGAUGAGAGCGGUGCUUUUAAGCGGUGGCUCACGCACUCUAUCUCUGACUACUACGGGCUCGUGUCGCGGUCUGUCACUGUGGGCAGCCCCGCGCGGAGGUGUGUCUACAUUGGCGUACGUGAUGUCGACCUGAAGAUACGCACUGCGCUCCCUCGUCCGCUUUGGGAGCUCUUCUAA